AUGCAUGAGGAAGAUAACAAUCCUGCGGACCUCAGAGAGGAGAGUAAUCCGGCUCGAAACCAUUUCUACGGCGACCCCGACGCUCUGAACAUGCCUGGCUUGGGGGAAAGGGUUGAUUCUUCGCCGAAUUUUCGCGACAUGGGAUCCGAAGGAUCGCCCCUUUCGGCAGCCGAAAAGAGGAGAAACAAAUUAGGUUAUCAUCGCACGGCGGUGGCCUGCGGCCAUUGUCGAAGACGCAAGAUUCGGUGUAUGCCUGCAUUUGACGACCCCGUGGGUCGAUGUCAGAACUGUAUUCGGCUGAAGAAGGACUGUCACUUCUUUCCCGUCGACCAGCAGACCCCUGGCUCGGGAAGACGCGUACGAUCAGGCACCAAGUCGACCGAAGGUGGCCUCAAUGAAGCGGAGACACCAGUUCCUUCAUCCUCUCCCGGUGGAGUUCUUAGGAGUGCGUCCUUCGAACAUUUUGACCAGAUGGAUGGCCCUCUGGGCACGCCGCCCUUGUCGAGGAAUAGUCCGGGCUACACUGGGUUCCAUCUGGGCCCCGGGUCCGUCUCGGGCAGCGGAUUCGACUAUACAAGUCCAUACGACUACCGUCAGCACGCACAAACACAAUUAGCACAUCAACAUCAACAUCAACAGCAACAGUUCUAUCCACAAUAUGGACAUUCCUCGCAGGGACCUUACCCGUCGGCGUUCAUUGCAGGGUCUAUGCCUGCGAAUCUGUCAACAAUAUCCAGAGAGAGUACCUAUGAAUAUCAGCCAUCAUCGCCUGUUGCCGCAUACGGCUGGGCCCAAUCGCCCACACGAUCAAUGUCGAUGGGCGAGAGGGAGAACUCACCGCAAAGCUUUCACGCAGCAUACCGGACACAGACUUACCCCUCGAUAGAGCGAAGAAUUGCGAGUGACAUGCAACACCUGUCGUCAACGAGCAGUCGUUUCAUGCCCAUGACUCUGGAAAAUCAGCCAGGCGCAGCGUUGAACUUUUCGGACCCGAUGCCUUAUCAGCCUUUACCGGUGGAGAUGCAGCAAGAAUGGGCUGGCCCUGAGCAGAGGCCACAAUUGGCAAGCUCUUCUGGAGCACCAACCCCAGUCUGGUAUCCUCAGCAAUCAGGAUUGACUGAUGCGGGAGAUGUCGAGCGCUCAGGGCAUCUUCUGCCCUCGCAACAUCAGAAUCCUCACUGA